AGCCGCCAUGAUGCAACGUUUUCUCAAUAAAUCAGUGGUUGUUACUGGUUCUACAUACGGAAUUGGUUUCGCGAUUGCUGAACGAUUUGCUAUGGAAGGAGCGAAGGUAGUAAUAUCCAGCAGAAAAGAAAGCCAUGUUCAAGAAGCAACACAAAAACUUCGAAACAAAGGAUAUGAAGUAAAAGGUGCUAAUCCCGUUCCAUGUGAAAUACUAGACAGUCCAGAAAGCGCAUGGGACAAAACAUUCGAAAUAAACGUCAAGGCCCCAUUCCUUUUGACGAAAGAAGCUCUUCCACUUCUCAAGAAGAGCCAAGCUGGCAGAAUCAUCUACAUGAAUACCGGGACCGUCUACUUUCAUCUCGACUACCUGGGAGCAUAUAUAAGCAGCAAGAUGGCGCUACUGGGACUCAUGAAAAUGUCUUCCAGGCAAUUGGCGAAGCAUGCCGCCAUGCAACGUUUUCACAACAAAUCAGUGGUUGUUACUGGUUCUACAAACGGAAUUGGUUUCGCGAUUGCUGAACGGUUUGCUAAAGAAGGAGCAAAGGUAGUGAUAUCCAGCAGAAAAGAAAACCAUGUUCAAGAAGCAACACAAAAACUUCGAAACAAAGGAUAUGAAGUGAAAGGUGUAGUGUGUCACGUAUCAAAAGCUGAUGAAAGAAAGAAUUUGAUCGAGCAGGCUCAGGAGUAUGGAGGGAUCGAUAUUUUAGUCAUGAAUGCAGGUGCUAAUCCCGUUCCAUGUGAAAUACUAGACAGUCCAGAAAGCGCCUGGGACAAAACAUUCGAAGUAAACGUCAAGGCCCCAUUCCUUUUGACAAAAGAAGCUCUUCCACUUCUCAAGAAGAGCCAAGCUGGCAGAAUCAUCUACAUGAAUACCGGGACCGUCUACUUUCAUCUCGACUACCUGGGAGCAUAUAUAAGCAGCAAGAUGGCGCUACUGGGACUCAUGAAAAUGUCUUCCAGGCAAUUGGCAAAGCACGGUAUAACGCCGCCAUGCAACGUUUUCACAACAAAUCAGUGGUUGUUACUGGUUCUACAAACGGAAUUGGUUUUGCGAUUGCUGAACGGUUCGCUAAAGAAGGAGCAAAGAUAUGCUGGGCGUACUGGUACUGGUUUCUGUGGAGAAUCCACUUCUGAAACCAUGUUGAUUAUUUGUGAUUAUAUUGAAAGAACACAGGUAGUUAUAUCCAGCAGAAAAGAAAACCAUGUUCAAGAAGCGACACAAAAACUUCGAAACAAAGGAUAUGAAGUGAAAGGUGUAGUGUGUCACGUAUCAAAAGCUGAUGAAAGGAAGAAUUUGAUCGAGCAGGCUCAGGAGUAUGGAGGGAUCGAUAUUUUAGUCAUGAAUGCAGGUGCUAAUCCCGUUCCAUGUGAAAUACUAGACAGUCCAGAAAGCGCUUGGGACAAAACAUUCGAAGUAAACGUCAAGGCCCCAUUCCUCUUGACCAAGGAAGCUCUUCCACUCCUCAAGAAGAGCCAAGCUGGCAGAAUCAUCUACAUGAAUACCGGGACCAUCUACUAUCAUCUCGACUAUCUGGGUGCAUAUAUAAGCAGCAAGAUGGCGCUACUGGGACUCAUGAAAAUGUCUUCCAGGCAAUUGGCGAAGCAUGGUAUAACGGUGAAUAGCGUGGCACCGGGGCCAGUAUUGACAGCAUUUGGCGAAAUAUUUAGGGAUAAGGAAGAUGAAGUCGAUAUCUUAUGUCCUAUGAAAAGAUUCGGCACACCUGAAGAAGUGGCCAAUAUAGUAGCAUUUUUAGCGUCAGAAGAAUCGUCCUAUAUAACCGGUGAAAAUGUUGUUGUGAAUGGAGGAAUACCUUCAAGACUAUGAGGGGAAGAAGUUCAAUCAUUAAGGACUCUUGUACACAAAACAUUGAUAUUUAUCUACCAUGUGUAGCACUUGGAACAGCAACACCUCAUUUAUAUUUCAUUAGUUCAUUAUACAUGCAUUAUUGAAU